UGGAAUGAAGAGAAGGAAAAGGAAAUCUGGAUAAGUAAAAACUAGAAAGGGAGCAAAAGAGACAGUACAAACUUCUUACAAAUCCGGAUUCUGACAACGCACACACAUUACACAGAGAAAUAGAUAAUUAAAAUAUUUGUCUAAGACGCCGACGACUCAACCACAGCCAAAUCCACCUCCCUCUUUCAUAUUCUUGGUCCGACUUUUCUUUGCUCUCAGACCAACUAUUUUUUCUUUUUUCCCAUCUCUCUCGCCUCCUGAAUUUUGUGAUUGAGAGGGAGAGAGAAUGUCGGGCGGAGGAACGCAGAAGAGCUUCAGGAAAGCACUGGGAGCCAUUAAGGAUACCACCACUGUUUCAUUGGCUAAAGUCAAUAGUGAUUACAAGGAAUUGGACAUUGCUAUAGUUAAGGCUACAAAUCACGUUGAGCGACCUGCAAAGGAAAAACACAUUAGAGCUAUUUUUGCUGCUAUUUCAGCUACUAGGCCUCGUGCUGAUGUUGCAUAUUGCAUCCAUGCCCUUGCAAGACGGUUAUCGAAGACACAUAAUUGGGCAGUUGCAUUAAAGACUUUAAUUGUAAUUCAUCGUGCUUUGAGGGAAGUGGACCCCACAUUUCAUGAGGAGGUCAUCAAUUAUGGUCGAAGCAGGAGCCAUAUGCUUAACAUGGCUCAUUUUAAAGAUGAUUCCAGCCCAAAUGCAUGGGAUUAUUCUUCUUGGGUGCGCUGUUAUGCCUUAUUUUUGGAGGAGAGGCUGGAAUGUUUUCGGUUGUUGAAGUAUGAUGUUGAGACGGAUCGCCCUAGAACCAAAGAUUUAGACACUGCUGAAUUGCUUGAGCAUUUGCCAGCUCUGCAGCUGCUUCUGUUUCGAGUUCUUGGUUGUCAGCCGCAAGGGGCAGCAGUUCAUAACUUUGUGAUUCAGUUGGCCCUUUCAUUGGUUGCUUCUGAAAGCAUUAAAAUUUAUCAAGCUAUAAGUGAUGGUACAAUCAAUUUGGUUGACAAGUUCUUUGAGAUGCAACGCCAAGAUGCUCUGAGGGCCUUGGAUAUAUACAAGAGGGCUGGGCAGCAGGCUGAGAGACUGUCUGAAUUCUACGAAAUAUGUAAAAAUAUUGACAUUGGACGUGGAGAAAGGUUUUUAAAGAUUGAGCAGCCCCCUGCUUCAUUCCUGCAAGCAAUGGAAGAGUAUGCAAGAGAAGCUCCACGGGGUUCAACAUUUCGGAAAGAUCAGGUGGCUGACAACAAAAUUGUUGCCCCUAAGGAAGUUUUGGCCAUAGAGUAUCAAAAGACUCCGGAGGUAGAGGAGGCAAGGCCACCCUCACCUCCUCCGCCAGAACCAGUAAAAGUGGAAGAACCUGUUGUUGAACCUCCUGAUUUGUUGGGUCUGGAUGAUCCUGCUCCAGUUGCUUCAGAAUUAGAUGAGAAGAAUGCUCUUGCUUUGGCUAUCAUCCCAGUUGCUGAGCAACCGACUUCUGUUGCUCCUAGUCAUACAAAUGGAACUACAGGCUGGGAAUUGGCCCUUGUUACUGCUCCAAGUUCAAACGAAAGUGCCACUGCUGCGAGCAAAUUGGCGGGAGGCCUAGACUUGCUAACACUGGACAGCCUGUACGAUGAUGCAAUGAGAAGAAACAACCAGAAUGUAAGCUACAACCCUUGGGAGACACCGGCCAUGGCUGGUCCAAUGAUGCAACAAACAGGACAUGAUCCCUUUUUUCCCUCGGGCAUGGUUGCUGCUCCACCUUCAGUGCAGAUGGCAGCCAUGACAAACCAACAGCAGGCUUUCAUGUUGCAGCAGCAACAGCAGCAUCAGCAGAUGGUGAUGAUGGGUCAACAACAACAGCCUUCGAAUCCUUUCGGAAAUGCAUAUGGAGCCAGUGUCCAUCCCUAUGGCACAGGUAUGCCUGUUCAAGCCUACAAUCCAUAUACAGGCCUUAUAUAGGUGAUUUGUGCAAACAAACGACAUGUUCUAUGUCAGUAUACAUGGAGGUGGAAAAUGGGAAUGGUGAGUUUGGGAUUCGGAGGCGGGUAUGAUUCAAGAACAUACAGUUGUGUACCAUAUGUUGUGCAUGUGCAGUAGAUAGGUAGAAUCAAAUUCUUUCUUUAAUGACUAGUGAGAGGGAGAGCUCUUGAUUGUUGAUUAUUUAUAUUGAUGAAGAUUGGAAUAAUAUUUUUCUAGACGACGGAACUUUUUUUCUUUUUGACACUGCUUAGAAGCAGGAAACCUUUUUCUUGUUUAUUAUCAUUGAUCAUUAUUAUUAUUUUUUACCCUUUUCUUGUAGAUGAUAGAAAUGAUUUGUAAUCUUUGUGACAUUACCACAUUUUUAUUAAUGAGACAUUUAAAUUUGAUC